CGUCCGGAAUUCCGAAUAGCCCUCGAGCUCGAACUCGUCACCUGCACGCUCAUGCACAAUUCAACACCCCAUCGUCAAGCGCAACAGGCGGGACUGACUCUACUAGGUAGCUUUCUCCAUAUUCCGAAGCCUGCUUACGACGCCCCGUUUUUCUUCGCGAUCGCGUUCUUCGUUGUCCUAUGGCCUCCGUUGAAUUCAUCAUUGAAGGAAGCAGAAAGUGCAGGAUUUAGUUGGUCGGUCUGCGUGAGGUCUAUGACUCUAUGCAAACUGGAUGCAAACUUGUGUGAUGUCAGUGGGUUACUCAGAUCCAGAACGUGCAGGGAAGUCUGGCCGAGUCAAGGCCGCUGCAUGAUGUCACAGCGAUCACCCCACCCAAGCUCCAUCCCGUCUGCCUGCCAUCAGGAUCUUUACCUCCAUCUCUUCUUAUCCCUGCGAGUCUAUUACGCUUGCCUGUCUGCUACUGCGUUCGCCUAUUUCCUACCCGCUGCCGAUAUCAUGUUGUUAUCUGCAGCUCACAGUCUGCGGCUGCUAUGUCCUCCCUCCAAGUAACUAGAUGACGGCAAUCUGACAAGGGUGAGAUUUGCAUGACGGUUGACAUGGAUAGCGGGGUGCGUAACGGUGAUUGAUGUAGACGGCGGCAGGGCAGUGGUUGCAAAUUGCAAUGAUGCAGACAGAACUUUGACCACCUGGAACUUUCCGAUCACAGACCAGACGUUGCCCAGACGGCCCAUUCUGGAAGUAUCCCCAGACUUCAUACAGGCUAGCCUCAAUAUCUAAAUCUGAACCAGUCAGCCGGUAUUAAUAGUGUUGCCGCGAAGCGAACUGAAGCGAAUUGAAGUGGAAAUUUGACACACUUCGGUAGACUUCGUU